CCCCGCCCUGGAUCCGGCCUCCCCCAACCCGUCCUGCCUGUCCUGCCACCCCCCUGCCCGCCUGCCUGCCGCCCUGCCCAGCUCCAGCCCUCUCCCAACCCUCCGCAGCCUUCUCGCCCGGCUCCCAACCUCCUGCCAACCUCCUUUCGCCUCUUCCAACCCCCUUCCAACCCCUUCCAACCCCCUUCCAACCUCCUGCCACCUCUUCCAACCUCCUGCCACCUCUUCCAGCCUCUUCCCAACCUCUCCCAAACUCCUGCCACCCUUCCUCAGACCUUCUCCCAGCCUUCUUGCCGCCUUCUUGCCCCUCUUCCGACCUUCCUGCCCCUCUUCCAACCUUCUCGCCCACCUCGCCACCCACCUGCCCGCUCGCCAUGUCCGUCACCGUCACCAGGAAGACCGUGAGAAGCAGCUCGGCCGUUCCCGGCCGCUCCUUCAGCUCCCACUCCUACACCGCCGGCCCCGGUGUGAGGAUGAGUACGGCUUCAGCCUUCAGCAGCUACGGGGGGAGCCGCUACGGAGCCGGGCUGUACCGGGGCCCGGCCGUCGCCCCGGGGACGGGGGGCGGCAUCACGGCCGUCAGCGUCAACCAGAGCCUGCUGACGCCCCUCAACCUGGAGAUCGACCCCAGCAUCCAGCGGGUGCGGAAGGAGGAGAAGGAGCAGAUCAAGACGCUCAACAACAAGUUCGCCUCCUUCAUCGACAAGGUGCGGUUCCUGGAGCAGCAGAACAAGAUGCUGGAGACCAAGUGGAGCCUCCUGCAGAGCCAGAAGCCCCCCCGGGGCAACCUGAGCGGGCUCUUCGAAGCCUACGUGGCCAGUCUGCGCCGCCAGCUGGAGGGCCUGGGCCAGGAGCGCCUGCGGCUGGAAGCCGAACUGGGCAACAUGCAGGGGCUGGUGGAGGAGUUCAAGAACAAGUACGAGGAGGAGAUCAACCACCGCACCGAGAAGGAAAAUGAGUUUGUUCUGCUCAAAAAGGACGUGGACGAAGCCUACAUGAACAAGGUGGAGCUGGAGUCGCGCCUGGAGAGCCUGACCGACGAGAUUAACUUCUUGAGGCAGCUUUACGACGAGGAGCUGCGGGAGCUGCAGUCUCAGGUCUCCGACACCUCCGUCGUCCUCUCCAUGGACAACAGCCGCAGCCUGGACCUGGACGGGAUCAUCGCCGAGGUGAAGGCGCAGUACGAGGACAUCGCCAACCGCAGCCGCGCCGAGGCCGAGAGCAUGUACCAGAUCAAGUACGAGGAGCUGAAGACGACGGCGGGGAAACACGGGGACGACCUGCGCAACACCCGCAGCGAGAUCAACGAGCUCAACAGGCUCAUCCAGAGGAUCCAGGCGGAGAUCGAGGCGCUCAAGAACCAGCGAGCCAGCCUGGAGACGGCCAUCGCGGAGGCGGAGGAGCGCGGGGAGCUGGCGCUGAAGGACGCCAAGGGGAAGCUGGCGGAGCUGGAGGCCGCCCUGCAGAAGGCGAAGCAGGACAUGGCCCGGCAGCUGCGCGAGUACCAGGAGCUGAUGAACGUCAAGCUGGCCCUGGACAUCGAGAUCGCGACCUACAGGAAGCUGCUGGAGGGCGAGGAGAGCAGGCUGGAGUCGGGCAUGCAAAACCUCAGCAUCCACACCAAGACGACGGGGUACUCGGGUAAGGCGGGGGGGGGGGGGUGGUGGUGGUGGCAGGGACCCCCCCACACCCUGGUGCCACCCCCAGGUGCCACCAGGCUCACGGCUGGUCUCUCCCCCGCAGCAGCCGGCUUCGGGGGGGGCUUCGUGGGAGGCUUCGGGGGGGGUUUCGGCGGGGGCUUCGCCAGCUCUGGCUACGCCAUGCCCCCCCCCGCCCUGGAGAGCUCGGCUGUCACCAAGUCCCGCGCCAUCGUCAUCAAGAAGAUCGAGACCCGCGACGGCAAACUGGUGUCCGAGUCCUCCGACGUCCUGGCCAGCUGAGCCCCCCCCCGCGUCCGGCCCAUGGAUGGAUGGGACCCCUGGCACCCCCUUCCUGCCCUCCCCCCCCCUCCCAGGGCAACCUGAGCCAGUGCCCCCCCCGGUCCCCACCGAGGGCUCCAACCCCCCCGUUGUCCCCAACCCCGCCGUCGCCAUCCGUCCUGCCCCCCCGCCACGUCCCCACUGGAGCUGUGGGGUGGGAAAUGGGGGGGUCUGUCCCUCCCCCUCGGGGGAGCCCUGCCGGCUCCGCUGCCGGAAUAAAGCCUUUGGAAUACG